UGCGUGAAGAACUCAUCCGCCCAACCGACCUCAUUUCUGAGGAAUACCUCGGUCAGUCAGUUGCCCAAAACAUACUGCGCAGAAAAAGAUUUUUUUUUUACAGUUAGCUCCCAAACUGAAAACAAGACGAUACCAACAAACAGUUUAUUCGCUAAUAUCCACAAACCACCACCUGGAGAAAAAUGACGGGCACGAAAGAGAUCGAGGGGGGCGUCACGAAGAUGGUCGUGUUGGGAGGCCACUUCGAAAUGGGAGACUUUUACGACUACCGAAACGACCGCAUAGUAACAGGAAGGAAAUGCUGGGAUUCGAAAGAAAUAGCGGGAGCUACGUGGAAAGAUAAUCGAUUUACUUUGAAAUUAAAAAGCCCUGAAUCCGGUUCAACUAAAAACAAGUGGGAAAACAUGGGCCUUAAAGAGCAUUCGCAGGUCAGCAUCAUGGCCGGUCUGAUUGAAAACCAUCGUGGUGCUGCAAAGUACCUGAAUGAUCGAGACGGUCUUUCAGAAGCUAGCCAAGUCUUAAUUUGCCGAGUCAAGUCAAGAAAGUUGAAGCUGGACUUCAAGACUCUUAUCAGCCAAAACGUUCCACAACUGCAGGAUUUAGGACAAGAAACGCAAUCGGAAAAGAAUCCAACUCAUGUUGUGGUGGGCGUCACAUACGGGGCCGAAGCCUAUUGCGUCCUAGUGAUGGAGUCGGACGAAAACGCUCGAAAAGGUGCCGAGGAGUUUCUUUCCAAAAUAGCAAGAAAAAUGGAGGAGGCGUUAGACAACUAUCUCGAUCUCAGCAACUUUAAGGAACAGUUUGAUAAGGAAGAUAAGACCCAGCUGACUCGUGUUAAAUGUCGCAUGUAUGCCGAUCUCCACACUAGGGCUUUUCGCGAAUGCGAAAUCUUUGAAGCUUACAAACAAUGCUACAGGCUCAUCCAGCAAGUCCAGGACGUCGGAAACAACGAAUCCAUUCCGAUCGCCAUUCUUCUUUGCCCUCUUAAAGCUAUUUCAGGACAAGUCGAUGACAAACACUUAGAAUAUCACGAUGUAGAUCCUGAACUGGUAGCUCGUUGCGGCCUUAUUUGGAACGAACUGGAUCGAAUUUGGGCGAAAUCAGUUGCAUUUCGCGACAUCAAUAAAAAAGCUGACAACGUUUCAUUCCGUCAGUUCGAAGAGACUAUCACUAAGUAUAAAGAACUCAUGCAAAAGAGUUUGAAAAACGAACUAACGAAAGCACGAAAAACUGGACGGCAAUACGAAAUUGAAAAGGUCAUCAACAUCGCCGAAAAUCACCCGAUUUUCAAUCCAUCUCGUUUGCAACUAUGGCUCCAAUACCAGCAAGCCGAGUGCAAGAUGUACGAUAAGAUCAGCAGUAUAACCAACAUCGUUUGUUUGUCGAGCAAAAAACAAUUGGAAAUGGAACUGCAAAAUUCGUUUGACGCUGAAUAUACGCUGGUACUCAGCGUUCCAUUAUUGGACGAGCGGAUGGACGGUAUACUAGAAGCUAUGAAGAACUACGUCGCUUCUAAAUUGGUGAACAUGAAAGAAGAUCCGAAUGCCGACGCAAAAAGAAGUGUCGAAGCAGACUGCGAAGGCAGUGACGAUUUAGGCCACGGUAUUCAACGGAAGCAAAAGUACGUAUUGGCUAAAAUUCAAGCGUUUACCGAUUACGUGGAAAAGAAUAAACACCUAGAGAACAUUGUGCAAUUCUUUAUCGUAUUCCGUCAAUCAGUCGUGGAAUUCGGCUGUCGCUAUUCCGUCUACGAAACCGGACGGUUACUUAGGGACAACUUGAACCAAUUGCCCAGACCUCCCAGUGGCCUGCGGAUUCGCCCUCCGAAAACCCGUCCUGCUAAGAAAACAGCUUCUACGUACGCCAUCGAUCUCGAGUGGGACUAUGAAGACCUUGGUUUCCCGUGCCACUUCUUGGUAGAAUAUCGACUGGAUGGGAACAAGGAUGAAGUUUGGACGCAACGGAAGACGGCGAAAUCCGGCGAGACCCAACUGGCAAUUCCCUACACAAGUGGAUCGGCAAUGACAAUCCGCGUGGCGGCUGACACUUGCAUCGGUCGAAGUGAAUUCAGCGAAGUCGUCGAUACAGUAACGGUACGCGAACUAAAUGAAGAUGAAGAGGCGAUCCAUGAAAAAGAAUUUUUAGUUUCAAAAUCGGAAACUUACGUCCGUCCGAAAAACGAAGAGGAGAUGGAUCGAUCUAGGAAGACUGAACCUGCUGCAACAUCUAUGUCGACGAGUCAACAGCCAACAGAAACUAAAAAUGCUGAAGCUAUUUUACUGUCUACGUCUCAUGUGGUCACGUCCGAAACGCCACGAAAAGGUUGGAAGGCGCCUGACUCUACGAACAGGUCAAUGAACGAAGAACCUAUGCUAGGUAUGGAUCAAGAAAAUGAAAUCGGGGAUCACAUGACAGACGACAGUGACGAAGAUGACGCAAAGCCAAAUUGUAAAAAAGCUUAUCUAGAAGAGGAUGACGGAUACGACGAGAAAACAAAAGCGGAAGAGAAAACAAAAAACAAUGCGAUCGAGCAACACGUUACGGAGAUAGUGGUGCUAGAAGGCGGAUUUCAAUUGGGCGACUUGUACGACUAUCGCAGCGAUCGCAUCUUGACGGAAGGUAGAAAGUAUGUGGAGUCAAGCGAAAUUGGAUACCCUAUUAAGGUGAACAACAAGUUAAGUCUGGAAUUUAAAUGCUCCGACUCGAGCACCAUGAACAACAAGAUGGAAAAUAUGGGCCUUGACGAGCACUUACAGGCCACCUUCAUGGCCGGUCUCAUCGAAAAGCCUCGCGGUGGCAGUAGGUACCUGACCUACUGUUGCAGUUCAUCACAAGCAGCGCAAGUCCUAAUUUGUCGGGCAAAGUCAAAAGUAGCGCAAUUAGAUUUACAGAAUCUUGCCAUUCAAAAUGUUACGCAUCUCUUCGAUACAUGGAAAAAAACAAAAUCGUCUAAAUUGAAAACAAAUCCAACUCAUAUUGUGGUGGGCGUCACUUACGGAGCCGAAGCCUAUUGCGUCCUAACGCAAGAUCUUAAAGAUGCCGAGACGGACGACGAUUCUCGUGAAGAAGCUGAACAGUUUCUCUCCAACAUCGCAAAUAAAAUGGAGAAUGCUUUAGAAGAAGAACUAAAUUUGGCUGAAUUCAAGCAACAGUUCGAUAUGAACGAGAAAAAACAGCUGAGUAACAUAAAAUGUUACCUGUACACCGAUUUACAAACUGGAGUGGCACAGGAGUGCAGUGUCCCUGACGUUUACAAACACUUUCUCAAAUUCAUCCAGCAAGUCAAGAAGACUGGCAUCGGAAACAACAAAUCCAUUCCGAUCGCUGUUUCUCUUUGCCCUCUUCAAGCUAUCAUGGAACACGACGGGGGCGGGCAGUUCGAAUUUCACGAUGUCGAUCCAGAAGUGAUUAGUCGUUGUGCCCGUAUUUGGGACGAAUUGGACCAAGUUUGUGCGAAAUCCGUUGCCAUUCGCACUGUCAAUAAAAAAGUCGAUAAAUCUUCAUUGCGUCAGUUUGAAGAGGCUGUGGGUAAAUACAAAUCGUUAAUGCAAACGAGUUUGAAAAAAGGCAUCGCAAAAGCAAGAGAAACUGGACAGCAAAGCGAAAUUGAAAAGGCUGCCAAAAUCACCGAAAAUCACUCGAUUUUCAAGCCUUCGCAAUUGGUACAAUGGCUCCUUUACAAACAGGGCGAGUGCGAGAUGUACGAAAAAAUCAGCAAAAUGGCAAAGAACCUUCCUUUGGCAAGCAAAAAAACAGUGGAGAAACAACUAGGAGAAGCCUAUGAAAUUAAAUUCACCGUGGUUCUUGGUCUUCCUUCUCUAACACAACGGACGAACAAAAUACUUCAAGCGAUGAAAGACUACACUGAUAAGUACAACACAUUGGUUACGUACGAUGACGAAGAAAACGAAACGAACGAUAACGAGGAAGAAGAGAGCAACAUGCCAUGGAACCAGCAAAAACAAAAGUACGUGCUGUCCAAAGUUCGUGAGUUUGCCGAACACGUGGAAAAAAAUAAGCAUCUAGAAAACCAAGUCCAAUUCUUCAUGACUUUCUGUGAUUCUGACAAGGACGUCGGAUGUCGCUACUCCGUUUAUGACGCUACUCGUCUACUAAAGGACAACAUUAGCCAAUUGCCCCAACCCCCAACAGGUUUGCGGGUUCAUGCACCGAAAAUGAGUAACCCCCAAAAAAGAAACAUCGUUGUAGCAUGGGACUAUGCAGAACUCGGCUUUCCCUACCAAUUUUUAGUUGAAUAUCGACCAUGUGACGGUAACGAUGAAACUUGGACGCAGAAGAAAACCACAAAACCCAGGGAAACCCAAAUUACUAUACCCUACGAAACGAGGUCGGCGAUAGAAUUCCGUGUGGCGGCCGACACUUGCAUCGGUCGAAGUGAAUUCAGCGAAGUCGUCGAUACAGCCAAAAUACGCGAACUAAAUGAAGAUCAAGAGGCGAUCCAUGAAAAAGAAUUUUUAGUUUCAAAAGCGGAAACUUACGUCGGUCCGAAAAACGAAGAGGAGAUGGAUCGAUCUAGGAAGACUGAACAUGCUGCAACAUCUAUGUCGACGAGUCAACAGCCAAUAGAAACUAAAUAUGCUGAAGCUAUUUUACUGUCUACGUCUCAUGUGGUCACGUCCGAAACGCCACGAAAAGGUUGGAAGGCGCCUGACUCUACGAACAUGUCAAUGAACGAAGAACCUAUGCUAGGUAUGGAUCAAGAAAAUGAAUUGGUGGAUCACAUGACAGACGACAGUGACGAAGAUGACUGUGAAGUAGUCUCUCUUGAAGACGAUGAUGGAAACGAUGAGAUAUCACAAGUGGAAGAGGAAACAAGUAACACUGCGAUCGAAGAACACGUCACAAAGAUGGUGGUGCUAGAAGGCGGAUUUCAAGUGGGCGACUUGUACGACUAUCGCAGCGAUCGCAUCUUGACGGAUGGUCGAAAGUAUUGGGAGUCAAGAAAAAUAGGAUCGCUGAUUAAGGUGAACAACAACUUUAGUCUGGAAUUUGAAUGCUCCGACUCGAGCACCAUGAACAACAAGAUGGAAAAUAUGGGCCUUGACGAACACUUCCAGGCCACCUUCAUGGCCGGUCUCAUCGAAAAGCCUCGCGGUGGCAGUAGGUACCUGACCUACUGUUGCAGUUCUUCACAAGCAGCGCAAGUCCUAAUUUGCCGGGCAAAGUCAAAAGUGGUGCAAUUGGAUUUACAGAAUCUUGCCAUUCAAGAUGUUACGCAUCUCUACGAUACAUGGAAAAAAACAAAGUCGUCUAAAUCGAAAACAAAUCCAACUCAUAUUGUGGUGGGCGUCACUUACGGAGCCGAAGCCUAUUGCGUCCUAACGCAAGAUCUUAAAGAUGCCGAGACAGAGGACGAUUUUCGUGAAGAAGCUGAACAGUUUCUCUCCAAAAUCGCAAAUAAAACGGAGAAUGCUUUAGAAGAAGAACUAAAUUUGGCUGAAUUCAAGCAACAGUUCGAUAUGUACGAGAAAAAACAGCUGAGUAACAUAAAAUGUUACCUGUACACCGAUUUACAAACUGGAGUGGCACAGGAGUGCAGUGUCCCCGACGUUUACAAAAACUUUCUCAAAUUCAUCCAGCAAGUCCAGAAGACUGGCAUCGGAAACAACGAAUCCAUUCCGAUCGCUGUUUCUCUUUGCCCUCUUCAAGCUAUCAUGGAACACGACGAGGGCGGGCAGUUCGAAUUUCACGAUGUCGAUCCAGAACUGAUUAGUCGUUGUGCCCGUAUUUGGGACGAAUUGGACCAAGUUUGUGCGAAAUCCGUUUCCAUUCGCACUGUCAAUAAUAAAGUCGAUAAAUCUUCAUUACGUCAGUUUGAAGAGGCUGUGGGUAAAUACAAAUUGUUAAUGCAAACGAGUUUGAAAAAAGGCAUCGCAAAAGCAAGAGAAACUGGACAGCAAAGCGAAAUUGAAAAGGCUGCCAAAAUCACCGAAAAUCACUCGAUUUUCAAGCCUUCGCAAUUGGUACAAUGGCUCCUUUACAAACAGGGCGAGUGCGAGAUGUACGAAAAAAUCAGCAAAAUGGCAAAGAACCUUCCUUUGGCAAGCAAAAAAACAGUGGAGAAAGAACUGGGAGAAGCCUUUGAAAUUGAAUUCACCAUGGUUCUUGGUCUUCCUUCUCUAACACAACGGACGAACAAAAUACUUCAAGCGAUGAAAGAAUACACUGAUUCGUACGACACAUUGGUUGCGUACAAAGAAGACGAAAACAAAACGAACGAUAACGAGGAAGAAGAGAGCAACAUGCCUUGGAACCAGCAAACACAAAAGUACGUGCUCUCCAAAGUUCGUGAGUUUGCUGAACACGUGGAAAAGAAUAAGCAUCUAGAAAACCAAGUCCAAUUCCUCAUGACUUUCUGUGAGACUGACAAGGACGUCGGAUGUCGCUACUCCGUUUAUGACGUUACUCGUCUACUAAAGGACAACAUUAGCCAAUUGCCCCAACCCCCAACAGGUUUGCGGGUUCAUGCACCGAAAACGAGUAACCCACCAGAAAAAAACAUCGUUGUAGCAUGGGACUAUGCAGAACUCGGUUUUCCCUACCAUUUUUUAGUUGAAUAUCGACCAUAUAACGGUAACGAUGAAACUUGGACGCAGAAGAAAACCACAAAACCCAGGGAAACCCAAAUUACUAUCCCCUACAAAACGAGAUCGGCGAUAGAAUUCCGUGUGGCGGCCGACACUUGCAUCGGUCGAAGUGAAUUCAGUGAAGUCAUCAACACAGAGUCCGAGUGUGAUGCUAUCGAUGAUGAAGAAACCAGUUCAGACACCGUUUCGAUGUACUCGGAAGCAGAAAGUUCCGAAUUUAGACGACGUUCCGAAAUGAAAAAAACUGGAACUGCUGCUUCGUUGCAAACCAGUCAAUCAUCAAAGAAAAAUAUUAGAGCUGCGAUAAAACCUCCAACUGACGUGGAGGUUGAAACAGUCACGCAGAGCACGGCAGAACUGGGAUGGGUGACAUCUGCUACUGAAAACAAGAGCGUUUCUUAUCGGGUUCGCUAUUGGCAAUACGGGCAGGAUGAAUCGCAAGCUAAUGAACUGGAAGUCGCCGUCGGUGAAUCCUGUUGUCGGUUGGAAGGUCUCCUUCCUGAAACGACAUAUAACAUCAACAUCGUGGCCAUUUCCAACGGCGGACGGGAGAUGAGUGAACCUAGCGAGACGCUCUACCUGACGACGGUCCAUCAACACGUCCGUUUCGCUGAAACUAUGGCCAAGCGUGGCAUCAAGAUCGGUGAUAGAAACGGGAUGAACCUCCUUGCCGUUCCACUUACCAAAUCACCUCGAUCCAAUUCAACCGUUGUGCGUUUCGCCUUUGGUAAGGAAAGCGGUUCAAUAACCAUACUACACAAGACAAUUUUGGUUAUGGGAGCGACGGGUGCUGGCAAGACGACGCUCAUCAACGGCAUGAUCAAUUACAUUUUCAAUGUUGAAUGGGAGGACACGUUUCGAUUUCAGCUGAUUCGCGAGCAAUUGGUCGGCAGUUCGCAGAGCCAAAGUCAGACCAGCGGCAUCACGGCCUACGACAUCCAUCACGCAGAAGGAUUCCGCGUCCCUUACUCGCUGACAAUCGUCGAUACGCCAGGCUACGGUGAUACUAAAGGUCUCGAUCGCGACAAGGAAAUCACAGAAAUGAUUCGCAAGUUUUUCGAGGACAAGAGCGGCAUCCAAAAUCUGGACAUCAUUGGAUUUGUGGCACAAGCAUCGUUGCCUCGUUUGACGCCUACGCAGAUUUACAUCUUCGACUCUGUUCUUUCUAUUUUUGGGAAUGAUGUUGAGGAGAACAUCGACUUUUUGUUGACGUUCGCUGAUGGCCAAGACCCAUCUAUUCUCGACGCAAUCGACGCGGCCGGGCUACCCUACCCAAAGGAACCAGGAACCGGACUUCCACGCCAUCACGAAUUCAAUAAUUCCUAUUUCUUCUGCUCAAACCGCGAGUCCGGAAGCGAUGCCAGCAACACUGCCGAGAAAUUCAAUCGCUUUUUCUGGCGUAUGGGCAUGAAGAAUUUUCAGCGCUUCUUCUCAACGCUAGCAGCGAUGAAGACGAAAUCUCUUUCGUUAACUAAACAAGUACUUGAGGAGAGAAGGCGGCUGGAAGCGAUGGUGGAGGGCCUUCAACCCCUAAUCAAAACCGGUUUGACCAAAUUUGAUGAGAUGAGAAAAAUGCAGCAAGGGAUCUUCGCUGCGUUCGCCAUGCGGAAGAAGACAACUUCAUCAGACGCCAUCAAAGAAAAGUACGAGGCGGAAAUGAACAGGAAGCUAACGGCCCAGCAACUAGUGGAAGUUCUGAAAAGAGAUGUCCAGAAAAACGACGCGGAAGUUCUGCAACAAGUUGAGACUGUUACGCAAUGCAUCAAGCGACUUGAAGAGAUCGCUUUGCGUCCGAAUCCGUUCUCGACGCCGCAGUACAUCGAUUUGAUUAUAGACUCAGAGCAGCAAGAAAAACGUCAAGGCUACAAAGAGAGGAUCGAGAGUUUGAAGAAAUUGCGCAAGAUGGCCGUUAUUACAAGCAAAAUUAAGAAUAAGGAAAAUCUGAUGAGCCUGGAUCGAAAAGACGAUUACGAGGCCUAGACAGAGAGCGACGAAGGAGACGACAAUGAAACGGCCAACGCUGGCGAUGAUGAUGUCACCAUGUCUUUGCAACGUGCACCAACUGACAAUUCUAAAUUUAAGAAAUUGACAAGAUUCUUUUCUUUUCAAAAAUAAAAAUUUAACAAUUUUUUUUUUUUUAAAUUGUACUAUCCAGUCAUAACCAUCACCUGCUUCUAGCUUAUCACUUUUACUUUGGUAUUUGUUGAAAAUUAUAAUUGAGCAAGUCAAAGUAUAAUACAAUAUCGCUAUUA